CAUGACAUGUCUUUUUGAGGUGGCAAAAGUUAACUCCCUUAGUUACAUUUUGUUUAGGAAUAUUUCACUACCCUUCAAUGAAAAAUAAUAAUGAGCAUAAAUUUGUAAACCACAAGUAAAUAAUCAAAAAUUCAAAUAUUCAAUUUUGCCUAUCAUCCCAAAAAAGAAAACUGUGACGUCACACGGCGGGUGCACAACCUUCUCAGGCAUGCUGCAAUUGUUUUGUAUACAUAAUAGAAAACCGGUGUUUUUGUGAUUUAAACGACUUAUUAUGAGCAUUAAGAUAUAUUUGCCGUUCAACUAUUAUUACCUUAAGAAGCCCACGAAUUUGUACGGCCAAGUGCAAAUAAAUGAAGAUAAUGUCGUAGCAUAUUACGUUCUGGAAGCUUCGGUCCUGGAGUUUCGUGAUAAAGCCAUAGAUCAUGCAUCGAGCGAUAUGCGUUUCUUGGGCUCCAUCCUGAACGUGGACUUCAAUGCAGAUCAAAUCCAAUAUCUGAAAUUCAAUAUGCGACUGUGUUUCACAUACAACAGCAGCCAAGCAAAUAUAACACUGGUCUACACCGGUAUUACCCCAGAAUAUCUCAAGCACAUUAAGCUAAUUCUCUAUGAAAAACCAAUGCUAAGAAAUCUGUUUGUCGGCGGGGAAUCUGUGAAUAACCGACCCAUAGAACAUAAUGAUAAUGAUAGCAGUGACUGCGACUUUCUCGAGCUAUCCAGAUUAACACAACCCACAGAAGAGGCUCUAAGGAAUCCAAAGAACAGUACCAAAAAUAGUGUUCUAUAUAUGUUAACUCUCAUCGCCGACUUUCCCAUAACGGUGUUUAAAUAUGUUGUUGAAAAUGUGUUUGUCAAUAGCAUAAUGGUUCAUACAAGCAUCUACAAACAUUUCAAGGAGUGGCAGACAACCUGUGAUGGGCGAUCUCGCCCUGCUAAUAUUGCACUUGAUAGAAUAUUGGGAAUGAUAUUGAUGCUCAUACUUUUCUCCCUAGCGACACAGCCGGGAGAUUUUCUCAUUCAAAUAUCCCACUACGUUAUUGAUGAGUUAUACAGCCUAUUGAAGGUACUGGAAGGCAGUCCAAUUGGCCUCAAGCUAAAUAUACAUUUAAAUAAUUUCUUUCUCGACUGCUUUAAAUAUCAUAUUGAAUUAUGGUCGACAUUUUUGGAUUUCAUCGAACCUUUAGUCCGUCAGGUUUUCUUGGCCAUUGGAGUAUUUGGGUGCUUGGGUCUUACAUUCCAGAUAGCCCUCCUAGUGGACUUAAUAUCCAUAAUUGGGUUACAUUCGCAUUGCUUUUAUAUUUAUACCAAAGUGCUCUACAAUGUAGAGAGAAAGGGUCUUUCUGUACUAUGGCAAGUGGUCCGAGGGAACCGGUACAAUAUUUUAAAAGGUCGCACAGAGUCUCAUAAUUACAUGAAUCGUCAAUUAUAUCUUGCAACGAUAUUUUUCUCGGCCAUUCUGUUUUUGUUUCCCACUACCCUUGUCUACUAUAUAGUUUUUGCUGCUUUAAAGGCGCUUACUUUUGCAACUCUUAGCAUGUUUGAGUUUUUCCGAAGAAAGCUUUUGAAUCUUCCGAUUGAAGGGUGUGUGAAACGGCUUUUAAAAGGAUGUAAUGACAUAGAUUGUCUUCAAAUCAAGGAUGUUUUACCUCACGAAACGGAUUUCCUAAUGCAUAAACACCAGAAAAUCGACGUGACUGUGUAUAAAAUUACAGCCUUAUAAAAGAGCCAAAUAGUAGGAAAAAGUGUGAUAUUUUAUUUUAUUUAAUAUUUGUUUAAAUUGUAUUUAUGACUUCAAAUAAUAAAAUUCGAUUUGAUGAUAUAAAUCAAUUCGGGUCUUACUAAAAA